AUGGAAAACCAGUUACGAAAAAGUUUUCUGCGUUCUUUAUCAAAAUAUUUACAAAUUCCACCAGAAGAUACAAUCAUUAGUAAAUCAAAACCACAAGUUAAAAAAAUUGUAGAAUCAAUUAAUGAAGGUUUCACUGCCGCCAGUAUUAAAUCAUCGGAACUUGCUGGCGCUAUUCUUUUAUAUAUUCACGAGUUGGUACAACGUAAACUUGAAGACGACGAGUAUCUGGAUGUCUUGGAAGAAAUUAAAAAGAAAUCCGAAAUUAUUGUUGAAGAAUACCAACAAACGUUGCAACGUUCCAACCAAAUUGUCAACCGGCUUAACGAAAUAUCGAAAAAAUAUGUUGAUCGACAAAAAUCGCUCGAUAUCGAGUUAAAAACUCUUGAAAAAGAGAAGAAAAAAUUGAAGUAUCGAAAAAAUGCCUUUUUCGUAAUUGCUUUUUUCAUCUUCAUUUUUAUAAUGGCAAACGAAAUCCAGAUUGCAGCAAUAAUUUUCGUCAUUAUAUUCGCCUAUAUAAUGAGAUUCUUAGAGAAGAAAAAAGUAUCAAUUCAGGAUCAAAUUCAAAAACUUACCUCAGCUUCAAGAAAUAUCGCUAAUGCCCACAUCGGAAUAGAAUCAAUAAUUCAGGCAGUCAAAAUUAAUAGUCAAUAUUGGAGAAAAAUUUUGCGUAAAGUUGAUUUAACAUACCAAAUGCUUCAAGCACGGGGGGAUCGUAGCAGGCCUCGGAAGUUAUCUGAAACUGUUGCAAAGCAAUAUACUAAAGAAUGGGAAAGUAUCAAAGAAGCUUUUGAUAAUUAUAGUUGGAAUAAUUCUAGCGUUAAUUGA